AACUAAAAUCAUCUCAAACUUCAGCCUUGACUCAAGCACUUUCCCAACAACAACAACAACAACAGCAACAACAACAACAACAACAACACAACAACAGCAACAGCAACAACAACAACAACAUUCCUUACCUAUAAACGCUCAGUUACAACAACAGCAGUUAAUGAAACAACAGAAGCAAAUUUUAGCUCAGUUGAAACAAAUACAGCAAUCUGGAAACCCUCAACAACAAUUAGCCCUUCUUCAACAACAGCAAGCUUUAUCACAACAGCAAGCAAUUUUACAACAACAAGCAUUGAAUCAGGUACAAAAUCAGCAAUCAAUCCAAGAACAACAAGCAAACCAAGAAUCUAAUACAGUACAUUCACAAGAUCAACAACAAAAAUUAAUUAAAGAUGAACAACCACAGCAGACGCAGAAUUUGCAGCAGCAGUUGUCAGUACAGCAGUCACAAGAUCAGAUGCAAUUGUUAGAUAAGCAAUUAGCAAAAGAUAAACAAGUAUUAGAAGAAGAUCAUCAACAAGCAUUGACUCAGCAACGACAACAAUCUUUGACAAAACAACAGCAACAAGCAUUUGCGCAGCAGCAGGCUUUAUCCCAACAACAAGCUAUUGCUCAACACCAACAAAAGCAACAGCAAGCUUUAGCUCAACAACAUCAGAGUUUAACACAACAGCAACAGCAGCAAGUUCUUGUGCAACAGCAGCAGGCUUUGUUGCAGCAGCAAAGUUUAGCACAACAGCAGCAAAAUUUAGCCCAACAACAGCAGCAAAGUUUGGCACAACAGCAUCAACAGCAGCAACAAAAUUUGGUACAACAGCAACAACAACAGCAACAGCAGCAACCCCUGUCACAGCAGCAUCAACAUCAAAGCUUAGAGCAACAACAAAGUUUGGCUCAUCAGCAAAGCCUGUCACAACAACAACAAACUUUAAGCCAACAACAGGAGCAAACAAUGGUACAGAAGCAGCAACAGCAAGCAUUAGAACAACACCAACAAGCACUAGCUCAAGCUGCAUCCCAUCAGCAAGCUUUAGUUCAACAGCAACAGUCACAGUCAAUAGCUCAGCAAAAGUUGCAGAAACAAGCUUUAGUUCAACAACAGCAAAAACAGCAGGUUCUAGCUCAACAGCAUGCUUUAGCACAACAACAACAGCAGGCUAUUGUCCAUCAGCAAAAGCAAGCUUUGAGCAACCCUCAACAAGUCUUAGCUCAUCAGCAAUUACUUACUCAACAACAGUCUCUCUCACAACAACAGUCAUUGACAACACACCAAGCUUUAACUCAGCAGCAAAAUCUUACUCAACAAGUUUUGUUACAAAAGCAACAAGAAUUUGCCAAAAUUGCUCAGCAAAGACAAGCCAUUGCACAACAGCAAGCUUUGGUUCAACAACAACAGCAACAACAACAACAACAGCAGCAGCAACAACAGUUGUCACCUCUAAACCAACAUCAAGUUAUAUCUCAACAGGCUGCAUUAGCACAACAAGCUAUGGCUCAGCAGCAAAAAGCAAUGGCCCAACAACAAGCUUUAACUCAACAAAUUUCUCUGAGUCCUCAACAACAAGCUUUAGUGCAACAGCAACAGGUAAUUGUACAACAACAAGGUCAUCCGCUAACUCCCCAGCAACAUCAAAGUUUGUUACAGCAACAAGUUUUGGUACAACACCAGAAACAGCAGCAGGUACUAGCUGCUCAGCAAGUUUUGGCACAGCAGCAUUCUGGAAUGUCUCCUCAGCACCACCAACAAGUUCUUGUGCAGCAGCAGCUCCAAGCCCAGAAGCAAGCUAUGGCCCAGCAAGUCAUAGCACAACAGGCAUUAGCUCAGCAGCAAUCUCAGUUAUCUAAGCAACAUUCGCCUCAUGAACUCCAACACCCACAUUACAGCAGUUGGCAGAAUUUACCAACAUCAUCUCAUCCGUCACCAAAUCAUUCAAUGGAUUCUUUUUCUUCUGAUGCUAAUAGCCAAUCAAGUCAAGAUCCAUUCUCUGUUCCUGGAACAGGCUCAAGACCAAUAACACCUGCUCUCAAAACAGCUCAUAGUCCUUUAGCUGGACUUUCAGGUCCAGACAGCCCUUAUGGACAAAAGCCAUUGCUAUCACCUGGUCCAAUGCCACAGUCAUCACAAAAAGGAAAUUUUGCCAAUGCAGCAGAGCAAAUGAGAUUUUCAGCAUCAGUUUUAAGGCAUCCUGUUCAUCCAGGAAUGUCUCCUAGAUCAAAUCAAGGUGAUCUCCUAUCCCCAAGAUCUCAGUCGGUGGAUCCUGAGAGCAUGCAGCUACAUCACCUGUAUGCUAAUAGACGACGUAGGCAUCCUGAGCAUGGAUUCUGGCCUAUCUUUAAAUUUCCUUCGGGGGGGAGUCCAAGAAGUAGUAAUAAUAAUCUUAUGGGAAGAUCACAAUUGCCAUUUGAAAGACCUAACAUUGUUUCACCAGAAGGGGAUUUAAGUCGAUCUGAUGCUCAGCGUCAAUUGCGGGUUCUCUUAGCUCAGCAAUCUAUACAAAGGCAACAGAAGAAACAACAGCAGCAACAAGAUGAAGCUAAUAAAAUGGCAAUAAAAUCUCCAACAUCUCCAAUUUGGCCAACAGAAACUGAAAAUUUUGGACCUGGACCACACCGAAAUCUUCAAGUUCAUUCUCCACUUAGUCCUCAGGUAACACCAAGAGUUCCUGGAAGUACGGGAUUUAUUCCUGGUCAGUUACCUGGCUUACGGCCCCCAUUUCCAGAUGGCAACAAAAUGAAAACAGAAAUGAACUCUGAAGAAUUACAGCGAGCUCAGUUGUUUCAAAUGAUUGCUCGUAGUCGAAAUUCUUGUCAAGGUCCAGCUUCUAAUUUAUCAUCACCUUCAUCUUUAUCAAAAAGCAAUCCUACCAGUCCAUAUGAAUUUGUGCAUUCUGAACCGCAACAACAGUUGUCAGGUGAAGAAUCUGCACCAACAAAUCAACUUUCUCCACAAACUCCUGGACAUAGUCAAACACAAGCGACUGCUGCAACUCAGCAGGCUGCAGGCUUUCCUCAGUUCACUUAUUCUUCUACAUCUUUGAAGCAAAGUGAUGGAGAUGUUAAAGAUGUUUUACAAAAGCAAGGGGAGGUUUUCAAUCGACAAUUUUCAGAAUAUUCUGGUCAACUAGAUUCCCAAGAAGAACGUAUUUCACAGAAUAAUGAUGCUAUAUUACAACAAAGAAGGCUUCAACUACAGCAACAACAACAGCAGCAACAGUCUAGUCUAGUUGGAAAUAACCAACCACAGUCUGGAUCUCAAGAAAAUCCGAGAGAAACAAAAGACCAAUUUGAUGACGAUAAUAAAGAUGAAAUCAAUGAUUUAUUAAAUGAGGAUGGAACAUUUGAUAUACUCCAGUAUGCUGAUCCAGAAUUGAAUAAAGAACUGGGUACUGACUUUUUAGAUGAGCUUGUAUUGGAUGAAACAGAUUGCAAUGGUGAUUCAAAAGAAGAAGAGCGUCAAGAUAGCCCGGAUGAAAGCAAUAGUCUUGCUGCAGAUGAGAGAACAGAAACUAUUAAAACUGAAUCAAACUCGGAAGAAACUAUUAUUUCUUCAGAAACAAAUGAUUCUAAAUCGAAUAACAUUCAGUCAUCAGAACAAAAAUCACAAUCAGAUUUUCAAGCCAAGUUUUUGGAGUUUAGCCAAAUGAGAAAGGAAGAACCACCUCCAACACCACCUAGUACUUCUAACAGUGAUACAAAGGGAUCAGUUUUGAAUAAAGAGGGGCAUACAGAAAAAUCUUCUACAAUUCAAAAUAGUCGCCAUAUAGCUGCUCUUUUACAAAGUUCUCCUGACCAGAAGAGUUUAGUAAUGAAAAUUGAACCUGAUUUACAAAAUCAGAAUUCAUCACAAAGUAUGAAAGAGCAAAAAGAAUCCUCACCAACAUCAUCCAUGAGUAAUUUAUCAGCAUCAUCUCCUAAAGUACAAUCUACUUUACAAAGUGGAACAAUAUGUAACAGCCCUAUUGAAUCUUUGUCAACAAUGAUUGAAAGAUCUAGACCACCGUCGCGGCAAAUGUCUGGUAUGUUACCAUCACCAAAAGACAGUUUACCAAAAUCUGGACUGUCAUCUCCCAGGACUCCAUCAGCACAUUCUCCCUUUGGACAAGUAUCAGGACCACAAUCAUCUAGUCAAUUGACAAGACAUUCUCCAAUGUCAGCAUCAACUGCACAGUCACCUUUUAGCCCUGGUUAUCCACAGUCAUUAACUACUGCUAGUGUUGGUUCUGUUUCCUCUGCUGGGCACACACCUCCAAGUGCACCUUCUAGCAGAGCACAAUCACCAUAUCUUUCAGGUGCUGAUAGAGUUAUACAGUAUAAUCAAAAUUCUCAGUCAGCAUCCACUACUGUUCCUAAUGUUGGUCAGAGUAGUCCAACCUUAGGUUUCCAUCAACUUGGUCGUGGGACAGUGCCUCCUGUCAACCAGUAUAUGCAAGGUACUUAUGGGCAACCACAGACUCAUUUACCACCACGAGGCGGUAUUCUGACACCAACUCCUAAUAGUAUAUUAUAUGGACAAUCAGUUACUAAUCAAAAUUUUCUAAAGCAUCCACAAGCUUCUCCAACUUCUCUUUCAUCAGGAAUGGAUCAAUCUUGUAUUAAUACACCAACAACUGCUAUAGUGCAACUACCACCUUCUGCUUCUUUUAAUACUUUCAGUAAUUCUGCUGCUUCUGCACAAAUGCCUUUAAGUACUCAAACAACUACCGGAAAUAUAUCAUGGCCUCUUGAAAGCACUAACAGUCAAGCAUCACAACAAAUAACACAAAAUGCAGAAUCUACUUUUGAUGUUGGUACUAUGGCAUCGCGUAGUUUAUAUGUUUCACCAUCUCAAACACCUGGAACAUAUGCUGCUCCAAACAGUCAAACGGGAUUAUAUUAUCAGCCUGAUGGUCAGUCUUUGAGUCUCCGCUCUAACUUAGAGCAGUCUAAUCUAGCAGCUUCAGCCCCAACAAUUGGUAAUUUGCAUAGGUCACCAACACCUUAUCCUUCAAACCAUCCAUCAUUAACUGUAAAAGCACACAUACCUGGAAAGCCAGGUAGUUUUACAAAUCAAGGAAAUUCAGUGCCUAGAACUCUUGCACUUAGUCACACAAGACCAUCACAAGAACAACCUUUGUUAAUACAAGAUUUACUUGAAGAGGAGAAAAAAGAACAAAAGCGACAAGCUGAACAAGCUUUACUGGGUCCUCGGAAACAGGAAGAAAUUUUUGGAGCUUUGCGACAAGCUUAUACUGGAGGCAUGAGGCCACGUUUAGAGCUGUCUCCAAGAUUAAUAUCUCCAAGGGAACAGUCUUGGCCAGUUGCACAAGGAACUAUGCUAGGUAAACCUGCAAAUAAGUCUCCCCGUGAAUCAACAACGCCCACAGUUCAAAAUUAUACUUCCUUUAUGCCACGGACACCAAAUCAACAAAUGAGUCCACGAACUCCAUCACCAUUUCCAAGUCCAACUCAUCAACCUUUUACUCCAUCACCAUCUUCUGCUGGACUUCAGUCUCCUCCAUUAACUCGUCCAACUGUAAUUCCACCUACACCAGAUGCCAAUUUGACUGUUGAUAUUCCUACUGUGCAAUCGAUAAAUCAGAUGGAAGACUAUAAUAACAAUCAGGAGAGAAAUGAUGUUGAAAUGGCUAUGAAAAAAUUGGAACCAACAAUCCAAAAGCUAAAGCGAAUUAGGAAAGCUAUUAAUGCUCGUGCCCGACAGGCUAAAAAAUCGGGGAAUGCUAUUAAUCCAAAUGAUGCCCAAGAACUUGAACGUAUUGCCCCUGAAUUAUCAAAACUCCAAAAACAUUAUGAUGGGUUGCGUAAACGAUCGCGGCAGCUUGCAUCCACAAAAGCAGAAAAACAAAAGGAGCAACUUGGGCGAUCUCCACAACAAAAGACUUCACCUGGAGGCCACCCAGGACUUGCAUCUCCAAUGGGCCAGCCACUAGCACAUCUGCAUCCGUCCCCAACUCCAGCUGGGCCCUCCAUGGGUUCCCAACAGACCCCACCCCCACCACCCCGUAUUCCAGGAAGUCAGCCCCCUGUGCGCAUGACCAGGAUGGCCCAAGAGGAAUACAACUCAUAUAUGCAGAAGAAGCUUCAGAUAGCCCAGCAGGCUGGUGGCCCUAGGCCGGCAUCGACAGCAGCAGUAUUUGCAGGAGACAAUAAUCCAUUUAGUGAAGGUUAUCUAGAAAGAGAACAGUUGGAAAAACAGCGAGAACAGCAAGAAAGACAACGUAUGCAACUUCAAAAGCAAAUAAAGCAACAAAAGGCACUUCAGGGGGAACAGUCAAAUGAAAAGCCAGAGGGUGUUCGCCAGGUUCCCUUUUUCAGUGAUACUCAACUGAUAUAUGAUCCGAAGCGUCCAGUCUCUGCUGUACCACCAGAAGGCCAUAUUGGAUCUCUUUUAAGUGAGCAUGAAUCUAGACUUUUAGGAAACAGAUACUCAGGAGACCAGCAGCAAAGAUUUAGUGGGGAUCAGUUACAAGCCCAACCUCAGUUGCCACCCCAACCACCUCAGAGAUUUUCUGGCUUUGGUAUCCCUCCCCUGUGUCAGCAGAGUUCUGAGCCAACACCGGCUUCUCCUGGUCAAGUUACUCCAAAGGAAAAGACUAAAAAGCGCAAGAAGAAAGCAAGAACACAAGAUGGAGGAAUUGGACAAACUCUUGGAAAUACAUCUGGAAUUGGCAAUGGGAACUCAUCAGGAUCAGCAAAGCCUUUCAAACCGCCAAUGGAUUUAAAUUUUAAACCUCAAUCUGAAACAGAUCGAAGAAUAAUUGAAAUUUUGUAUACUAAUGUGCAACUUCAAAAAGAGGAGCAAGCGAAACAGCAGCAGCAACAGCAACACAAUGGUGGGAAAAAUUCUGGAAAAGCUCUGGCAUCUAGUAACCGUCAGUCUCCAGCAACUAACACUAUGGUUCCAGAAUCCAAUUUAACUGUCCCUCAAGCAUCUGGCCAAUACUCACAACAAUUCCAGCAGCAAAACCUUGGACAACAAGCAACAAAUUCUGCCAUUCAGCCAGUUGUUCCUACAACCAUCACAUCAUUAAUGUCAUCUUUGGCGCCUCCUCUGCCCAAAUCACCACCCCCACCAUUACCACCACUACCUCCUCCCCCUCCUCCACCACCACCUCCACUUCCUGAACAUUCUCCACCAGCAGUUCCAUCAUCUCCUCAAGUUUUACAUACCUCACAACAAUCUAACAAUGGGCAAGAAGUGGAUUCUAAAGAGGGCUUAACAGUGUCUAACUUUCCACAAUCUUCAUCUUUUUCUUCCACUUCCAAUUUAUCUUUGGAUGGACAGCGGAUUAGCAGUACUAAUGUGAGGAGUUUUGUUAAUCCUACUGGAUCUGAGGCAUACACCAAAGAUUCCAUUAACAAAGGUGUUCCUAUGCAUCAUCUUGGUGUUGAUGUUUCAGCAACAAAUACUUCAGUUGGAUCCAGUUUACCAAUUACUACACUUUCUCAUGUCCACAUGCAGCAGCAACAAGCUGCCUCACAUGUGUCAACAUUUAACAUUAAAAAGGAACCUGAAGAUGUGGUUUCUUUACCUGAUAAAUGUGAAGUAAAGAGUGAGAUUGAUGCUGUUGCAAGCAUUGUUGAUUCAAAGGGUAACCAGAACGUGCUACUGAAGCAGUUGCUGGCUUCAUCAGCUCAUAAUCCUACAAGUGCUGUUGCAGCUGCAGCUGCAGUGGUUGCAACAGUGAAUAGUAGUGCAGCUGUUCAGGCUCCUACUAGAACUACUCCAUCAGCCAGCAGUCGCACUGAGGAAGCUGAUGAAGACAGCUCCUUGACUCCAGAUCAGCUGCGUCAGCUGGAACUCAUUGACAACAUGCCCCUAUGUAAAGAAACUGUGAUUAAUGAAGAAAGUGCUGAGUAUUGCAACUUGAAUGUUGAAGAACAGGCUAAGUUAUGGGAGAAGCGGAAACAGGAAGUUGCACUGAAAAAGAAAAAAGAAAAGAAAAAAUGCAUUGUUGAAGAAGACAAAAAGGGAAAGAAAAAGAUAAUUUCUGAAUUUGGAAUGAAAGAAAAAAGGAAAAAGUCCCAGAAAAAAGAAAGUGAAGGGCAAGGACCCAAAAAAAGAGCAAAAAAGUCUAAAAGCUCUGAAGAUUAUGAUACUUACAUAGAUUCCUUCAUGGCCCAGUUAAAAAAUAUGCCAAUGGUAUCCUUACAAGAACCAACUGUGAAUAUUAAUCAUCAUAUCUGUCCAGUUGUUGGUUACUUCAGUGAUGAAAAUCGUUUAUCAGGGUCCUAUGGUGCUGGAUAUUUGGAAGGUGCGGUUGAUUUCUAUGGCAGCACAACUUCACACAGCCAUGCAAAGUCAGCCUGCUUCAGCUUUCCAUUAAAAGCUCCUGUAACAGAACAACAAAGAUAUCAUCUCACUACAGAACAAGUAGCAGCAGCUGCAGCAGCCAGAGCAGGUGUGAAUGCUGGAGGUACUGUGACAGCACCUGGCAACACUGGAGUUACUGCAUCAGCCAAUAAAAACACUAGUGAUUGGUUACAAGCAGGAAAUACCUCUGUGGUUGGACUUAACUAUCCUAAAUAUACACCUGUAUUACCACCUCCACCACUCAUAGAGCCAAGACUUGACCAUCCUUCCAGAUCAAGUGAUAGUCCAGAUACAAUAAUAUCUUCAUCUUCCCCUGAAACUGUUCUUGAAGGAGAUGAUUUUCCAGCUUUACGUCCUAUAGAUCCAGCUGUUCGGGAAACAUCUUCCCCUAUUUUGCCUCUUAUUCAGCCCAUCCCAGUUCGUCCAUGUAUCACAUCAGUUAAAGAAGAAAAUAAAUUAUCAUCAGAUUUAGAUACUAAAAUUAUAUGCAAGAAAGAAAUGGAUCUUGUUUCCAGCUGGCCUGAAUUUAGCUUAGGAGAGAAAACUCAGAACUAUUCAGAUUUAAGUGGCAAGUUAAUAGAAAAGGACAGUCUAUCAGCCAAAAUGCCAACAUUGUCAUCAAGUCUUGCUCGACCCUUUAAAAAUCUUACACAGCAAGUAUCUGUGACACUCACUUUGAAAGCAACUGCUGAAGAUGACAUUGGAGGAGUUAUUUCUGCUAUUGCUGAUCUGUUAAAGAUUGCUGUGCCUCCUUAUGAAAUUAGUGAAACUCCUUCUCCUGAAGUAUUGAAGUAUAAUAUGACACAUAAAGAAGAAGCUGUUAGUAUACAAUCAAUCCAGUCCAUGGUGAAAUCAAAGCCUAAAUUCUGCCGGCAUUGUGAUUGGGCUGUAUUAAGUCCUGGGAUUCGCAAGAAAAAAACUGAAUUACCCUUUAUUACAAAAGAAGAACAGGAUUCUGAGGAUGAGGAAAUUACAUUUUGCAGUAAAAAUUGUUAUCUUCAGUUUGCUAUUACACAUCGUUCAGCUUUACCCGAAGAAACAAAAGAAGGUGGUGAUAUCAUUGAACAUAAAAGUGCUCUAGCUGAUCAUACUACAGUAAGUUCAGUUGGAGGAACAGUAACUGCUACAACUUCUACUACCACUGUAGCUACAACCACCACCACCUCUACUGCUGAUGCAGCAGCAACCACUGCAGUCACAACUACUGUGGCUGUAACAACCACAGCAAUUUCAAAAACUACAACAUCUAUAGCUGCAUCUGAAUGCACAUCACCUCAAGCUAAAAGAGAAGAAAAUGUUACUACUAACAGUGUUAGCAGGCUAUGUGGUAAGCGACGCCGCAGAAGUAGUAGCAACAGUGUUGAGUCACAGUCAAUGUCUUCAACAUCACCAGUACCAUCACAACCUGCACCCAAAAAAUGGAAAGAUGUUCGAUGGAGAAAGUGGGAUAUAAUUUUUGGAACAUUAAAAUUACAAACACGAGAUGAACUGGAUCCUAAGUUUUGGGAAUCAAUCGGCGUGAUCCUUCCUAGAAAUCCAAAUCUUGAAGAUAUUCGAAAAUGUGCCUUUUGUCAUACCCAUGGAGAUGGAUCAUCAAAUGGACCGGCAAGGUUAUUGAACUUGGAUGUUGACAAAUGGACCCAUUUGAACUGUGCCUUGUGGUCUCAUGAAGUGUAUGAGACAUUAAAUGGUGCUCUAAUCAAUGUGGAACAAUCUUAUCGACGUGGGCUUUCACUAGAAUGUUCUAUUUGCCAUAAGAAUGGAGCAACACUUGGUUGCUUCAAAUUCCGAUGUUCCAAUAUAUAUCAUCUUGGAUGUGCUAUUAAAGAUGGAUGUGUAUUUUAUCAAGAUAAAACACUCUUUUGUCCAAGCCAUGUUCCAAAGAAUAAUCAGGAAAAUGAAUUAAAGUCAUUAGUAGUUUUCAGACGAGUUUAUGUGUGUCGUGAAGAAGGAAAACAAGUAGCAAGUAUGGUUCAUGAGGAAGAUAGCCGCUUUACUUUACGCAUAGGUUCUCUCAUAUUACAUUCUGUGGGACAGCUUCUACCUCAUCAGAUCCAGACUGGCAAGUUUCACUCCAGAGAAUGCAUUUAUCCAGUUGGUUUUAAAAGCUCCCGGUUUUACUGGAGCAUGCGACAGCUUCAUAGGCGAUGCCGCUAUGUAUGUAGUGUACAUGACAAAGAAGGUCAUCCUGAAUUUGUAUUAAAAAUUGUAGAGAAAGGUUUUGAAGAUGUUAUAAUAAAAGAUAAUUCACCAAAAUGUGUGUGGAUGCAUGUGCUUGAAGCUUUACAAAAAAUGAGAAAAGAAGCUGAACUAGUAAAAAUCUUCCCAAAUUUCAUAACUGGAGAUGAUCUUUUUGGCUUGACAGAACCAUCAGUUGUCAGAGUAAUUGAGUCAUUACCUGGCACAGAUCUUCUACAGAACUACAAUUUCAGAUUUGGUCGAUCAAAUCUGAUUGAAAUGCCCUUGACAAUAAAUCCUACAGGCUGUGCUCGCUCUGAACCAAAAUUAAGAACUCACUUCAAGAAACCUCAUACAUUGCAAACAAGUAUCACUUCCCGUUCUCUGCCUACCACAGUGACAGGUGUCAGUGGUGAUGUUAAUUCCCCUUACAUGAAGCAAUUUGUUCAUUCCAAAUCUCAACAAUAUAGAAGAUUGAAAACAGAAUGGAGGAAUAAUGUCUAUUUAGCUCGUUCCAGGAUACAAGGCCUUGGUCUUUUUUCUGCACGAGAUUUGGACAAACAUACAAUGGUGAUUGAAUACAUUGGAGACUUGAUACGUAAUGAAGUUGCCAACAAAAGAGAAAUAGUAUAUGAAGCUCAGAAUCGUGGUGUCUACAUGUUCCGCAGUGAUACAGACACAGUUAUAGAUGCCACAAUGGUUGGAGGCUUAGCUCGUUACAUCAACCAUUCAUGCAAUCCCAACUGUGUAGCUGAAGUUGUGCCCUUUGAAAAAGAAAGUAAAAUUAUUAUCAUUACAAGCAGGAAAAUCGUGCGAGGCGAAGAGUUAACCUAUGAUUACAAAUUUGACUUCGAAGAUGAUCAGCACAAAAUUCCAUGCUUGUGUGGGGCUCCAAACUGCAGAAAAUGGAUGAACUAGAAUUUACUGAUAGCAAAUUAUAUUUUGCACUUUUGUGUAAAUAUGUAAUUCUUGGAUUAUGCUAUCUCUCUGCCAGUAGUGAACAAUUUGUUACAAGUUCUGAAACUCAACAUAGCAUGAUGUAAAACCUUUAUUUGAUUUUUUUUUUAACCUUAAGUUACUGUAAUUUAAAUAGGAGAAUAAAUUAGUUAAUUUGCUAUAAAUUUAGUGACUGCUGAAGUUUAUUUUGCAAGGUUUAUGUAGUAUUUUGAGCAAGGGAAUUUUGUAUUGCACAGUCAUAGGAAUAGGGAUGUAAAAAUGUAUGUGUAAAUAUACUAGCUCUGUACAAUUCUAAUACAUACUUUUGUUUUAUUAUUUGAAGGGGUGGGGUGAGGGCAAAAAAAAAAAGGCUUUAAAGUUGCAAGGAAAGUCAUGUCUUUUUAUACUUUUAUUCCUAUGAUGAUUGAAUUUAUUUUCAGUCUUAAGUUUUACACUAAUGCUACUACUGGGCAUUGCUCUAGGUGGGGAAAGAAACAAGAGAAUGGAAAAGUUGAAUAACAUAUUUUAAAGGUCUCAAUUACUAACUAACAUUCAUGAAUUGUGGCUGCAUGGUUGGCUGCUGUAAAUUAAUUAAUUGAAAACUAAUUUUUAAAAAA